AUUAAUAACAGAGGAAAACAUUUAUUAUUUUACAUAUGAAGACUUAAAGAGAGGACUAAAUUUCUAGAGUCCCUCUCCUCUCCUUGUCUCUCCCUUGUGUUUUCAAGCCGAAGGAGAGGGAAGCAAGAGGGAUUUCUAUUUUCUUUCCUUUUCCCAGGACGUAGUCAUUCAAGAAGCGCAUGGCCUCGCUUGGAGAUAUUUGUCUGGCAGCAAUAAUCAACAUUCUGUCUGCAUUUGGAUUCUUUAUUGCAUUUGCUCUACUACGACUUCAACCGGUUAAUGAUAGAGUAUAUUUUCCUAAAUGGUACCUUAAAGGGAUAAGAACCAACCCAGGACGUUCAGGAAAUGUUGUAACCAAGUUUGUGAACUGUGAUCUCAGAACAUACCUUAGAUUUUUGAGUUGGAUGCCAGCAGCACUGAACAUGCCGGAACCUGAAUUAAUUCACCAUGCAGGCCUAGAUUCUGCUGUGUAUGUUCGCAUCUAUCUACUUGGGUUAAAAUUAUUUGUCCCCCUAACUGUCCUUACGUUUGUGGUCUUGCUGCCUGUUAAUUGGACUGGUGGAGCUCUGGACCGUAUUAACAAUUUAACGUUCAAUGACAUUGACAAGCUUUCAAUAUCUAAUAUUGCACCUGGAUCAAACAGGUUUUGGGCGCAUAUAGUAAUUACAUAUGCCUUUACAUUUUGGACUUUCCAUGUGCUACAUAAAGAGUAUAAGAAUAUAGCAUCUACGAGGCUGUGUUAUCUUGCAUCUGAAACCCGUCGUCCAGAUCAAUUUACUGUCCUCGUGAGAAAUGUCCCUCCAGAUCCGGACGAAUCAGUUAGCGAGCAUGUUGAACAUUUCUUUUCUGUAAAUCACCGUGAGCAUUAUCUCACCCAUCAGGUUGUAUAUAAUGCGAAUGCACUUGCAAAACUUGUCGACAAAAGGAAAGGUCUGCAGAAUUGGCUUGUUUACUAUGAAAACAAGUUUACUAGAAAUCCUUCAAAGAGGCCAACCUGUAAGACAGGACUUUUUGGAAUCAGUGGGACGAGAGUGGAUGCAAUUGACUAUUACACUGCUAAGAUUGAGGAGCUAAGAAAUGAAGAAGCUCUCGAAACCGAAAAGAUAAUGACCGACCCUAAGGAGAUAAUUCCAGCAGCAUUUGUCUCAUUUAAAAGUCGAUGGGGUGCAGCUGUCUGUGCUCAAACCCAGCAAUCAAGUAAUCCAACGUUAUGGUUAACUGAGUGGGCUCCUGAACCUCGUGACAUUCAUUGGCAAAAUCUUUCUGUCCCGUUUGUGGAGAUUACUAUUCGGAGGUGUAUUAUGACCGUCGCGCUUUUCUUUCUGACCUUUUUCUUCAUGAUUCCGAUUGCAUUUGUUCAGUCUCUUGCGAAUAUUGAGGGUAUACAGAAGGUUGCGCCAUUCUUAAAACCUAUAAUGGAAGCGCCUGUUGUUAAGUCGUUCAUACAAGGUUUUCUGCCGGGGAUUGCAUUAAAACUCUUCCUUAUCAUUCUUCCAUCAAUACUAAUGACUAUGUCCAAGAUAGAGGGUUACACAUCAUUGUCAGCAUUGGACAGAAAGUCGGCAGCAAAAUACUACAUUUUCGUCUUUGUUAACGUGUUUCUUGGGAGCAUAAUCACUGGAACAGCAUUUGAGCAACUCGAAAAGUUUCUCCAUCAAUCUACUACCGAGAUUCCCAAAACCAUUGGUGUGUCCAUCCCCAUGAAAGCAACAUUUUUUAUCACCUACGUAAUGGUGGAUGGUUGGGCAGGAAUUGCUGCCGAGAUUCUUAGGUUGAAACCAUUGGUCGUGUUUCAUUUAAAGAAUGCAUUUCUAGUUAAAACCGAGAAAGAUAGAGAAGAAGCUAUGGAUCCUGGGAGCCUGGAAUUUGCAACAUCUGAACCGAGGAUACAGUUGUAUUUCUUGCUUGGCCUUGUCUAUUCAGUAGUGACACCGAUUCUGCUUCCUUUCAUAGUAGUCUUCUUCGGUUUGUCUUACGUUGUUUUCCGACACCAGAUUAUAAACGUCUACAACCAACAGUAUGAGAGCGGGGCAGCAUUCUGGCCAGACGUACAAAGGCGCUUGAUAACUGCAAUUAUAGUAUCACAGCUUCUGCUCAUGGGCUUGUUGAGUACCAAAAAAGCAUCUCAUUCUACGCCCUUGCUCCUCGCCCUCCCGGUAUUGACCAUAUGGUUUCACAUAUACUGCAAGAAUCGAUUUGAGCCCGCAUUUGUAAAGUUCCCAUUGCAGGAUGCAAUGGUGAAGGAUACAUUAGAGCAGGCUACCGAGCCAAACUUAAAUUUGAGAGCUUACCUUCAAGAUGCAUACAUUCACCCGGUUUUCCAAAAGGACAAGGUCGAGAACCCAGUUGCCAUUGAUCAGGAAGAAACUAGCCCUCUCGUGCGCACAAAGAGGACUUCUCAAAGAAACACACCCGCAGAAAGCAAACAUGGUUCUGAUGCCGGUUCAGAGAUUGAUUUCUAGCUAUUGACUUUACAUCAUUGUUUGUCUUUAAAUGCUUCGUUCAAGCAAGUUAAAAGAUACCAAACUAAGGAGUACGAAGGUUAUGAGAUAGAUUCAUUAGAGUUUCUUUUGUGUUUUCUUUUUUCUUGGUCAUAUAUUUAUCUCCCCUUGUAAAUUAUCACUACUUCACGUGAACAGAAACCUUACUCUUUGAAACAAUUGGAUUUAGUGAGAAGUAACAAGGAAAGGAUUGCAGUUUCAAUACAGCCAUUCAAAGGGCAAUUGUAUAUAUAUAUACUUCUAAUGGAAGUUGAGGGGGAGUAUUGCCGAUUCAAUGGCGGACUUUCU